AUGUCAGCCACAGCUCCUACGGAUUCUUCUAAUGUUACUUCUCCAGCGAAGAAGAAGAGCAAUAAGAAGAAGAAGAACGCCAAAUCGAAAUCAAAUGGAGAAAUACCCCAAAUUCAAGAUCAAGUGAACGAUCUCACAGUAAAUAUAGCAGACGAAGAAGAUGGGAAUUUAGAGGAAUCCGGGCAGUCAACUGUGAAUACUCCAAAGGAGGCCCAAUUUCCAUCAACUAUAGAUUCGCAAACAAAUGGGCGCAAAAUUGACUCCGCGGGUAAUGGCCAUACCAUUGCGCCAACACAAUCUAACACCGGGAAGGAAGAAGGAACCUCGGAAAGCAAUGGAUCGAAUGAAUUGGACUCGAGUGCUCGACUGGAAGCAAUGACGGCGGAACGUCAGGCAUUGCGCGCUGAAGUUGAACAAUUGCGAAAAUCCCUCGAGGAUAUUCAGGGUAAGCACACGGAAGAAGAUUCAACAGUCAAGGGCCAGUACUCCGAGAAUCUAUCGUCCGUAGAAGAAAAAUACAAAAAUGAGAUUACCGCACUCAAGAGUCAACACGAGGAGGAAAUUUCCACAGUCCGAGCAGAAUUGGAGGAGACUGAAUCUUCAAGAGAAAACUGGGAAUCUCAAUAUCAUACAUUACUCACACGCGUUAAUACGAUCAAAACUACUUUGGGGGAACGAUUGAAGGCAGAUAAAGAGGAAUUGGCGGAGGCCAAUGAGAAAAUCGAAGACUUGGAAUCACAAGUGGAAUCAUUCCAAAGUACUAUCCAAGGAUUGGAGGACGAGGUAUCCAAAUUACGGAACGAACUGAAUGAAUCGACCAAAGAACUUUCGAGCAUGCGGAAUCGUAACAAUUUAUCACAACAGAAUUGGGUCCAUGAAAGGGAAGAUUUACUCCAACAAGCUAAACAUCUCAAAGAGGAAGCCGAUGCUGCAAAAGAAGCCAUGGGGGAUUGGGAAGUCUUGGCCAUGGAAGAGAGAUCCAUACGCGAGAACCUGGAGAGUAGAGUUUCUGAUAUGGAGGAACAAUUCUCUGCUCAGAAAGAAGCAUACGAAACCACGGUCGCCGAACGUGAUAGCCAUUCUCAAGCGGUUGAUGGAUUACAGCGAGCUUUGCAAGAAAUUCAAGAGACGCGGAGACGAGAGCUUCGAGAGAUGGUCGAAAGUUAUGAUGAGCAACUUCAAUCCUUGAAAAAGGUCGUCCAGGAGUCGGAUUCCAGAUGUGUGGAGGCUGAAACUUCGAAAGAAGCUCUACAAACAGAAUUGAAUCGACUUCUACCAUUCGAAAAGGAAGUCAAGGAAAAGAAUCUGUUGAUUGGCAAACUUCGUCAUGAAGCCAUUGUGAUUAAUGAUCACCUCACGAAAGCAUUGAGAUUUAUCAAGAAGUCGAAAGUAGAGGAUAAUGUUGAUAGACAAGUUGUCACAAACCACUUUUUACAUUUCCUCUCAUUGGAUCGUUCGGAUCCCAAGAAAUUUCAAGUACUACAAGUCAUUGCUUCAUUAUUGAACUGGACAGAUGAACAGAAAGAGCAAGCUGGUUUAGCAAGGCCAGGUGCUUCGAGUAAUACUUUACGUUUACCGAUGUCACCCUUUCACCGAACCCCAAGCACACCAUCCUUAUCCACAGAAUUCUUCACCGAGCCCUCAAACUCUCAAAAGGAAUCUUUAUCAGAACUCUGGACAGGAUUUCUAGAAAAGAGCGCCGAAGAAGGAAGUGUUAAAGAUAGUAGAAGUGGAAGCGUCAGUAGCUCAGCCACUCUCGCAACAAAAUAA